UGGGCUGGGAGGUCGCCUGCGGGGUGCUGGUGCUGGGCUCUUGGUGCCUCUGCCCCCAUGGGAAGAGCUCCCAUCUCAUGCUGAGGUUCUGCCACUUGGCCUGAGUGCAGAAAGGGGCAUAGUUACAUCUUACCCGAGUGAGUCCGGUGGUCUGACCAUCUUUCCUGUUCUGUGAUCUGAAGAAUGUUCACUGAAGGUGCGCCCCGUGAUGCUGAGCGGCCCCGCCCUUGAUUAACGUACGAACGGCCAAUGGCUUGGAUGACGUACAUUGCAAAUUGGUUUGAGCAAGAUGAUUGGUAUGAAGGACUGCAAAGAGCGAACAUGUCCCGGGUGCGGCAGGUGGGACUGCUGGCCGCCGGCUGCCAGCCGUGGAACAAGGACGUGUGCGCGGCCAGCGGAGAGCGGUUCGCCUACUGCGCCACCCUGGCCGUCUACGUCUACCAGUUGGAUCACCGUUACAAUGAAUUUAAACUCCACGCAAUUAUGUCUGAACAUAAAAAACCAAUCACAGCUCUGUCUUGGUGUCCACAUAACCCCGAUCUGUUUGCAAGUGGCAGCACCGAUAAUUCAGUGAUCAUUUGGAAUGUUGCAGAACAAAAAGUCAUUGCUAAACUCAACAAUGCAAAAGGCGCGCCCACCUCGCUCAGCUGGUGCUGGGACGCGGGUGGCGCUGUGGCGUUUGCUCCCCGGAGAGGCCCCCUGUUCAUCUGGACCAUUUCGGGACCGGACAGCGGCGUGACUGUGCACAGGGAUGCUCACAGCUUCAUGUCUGACGUCUGCACUUUCAGAUGGCACACCCAGAAAAAGGGCAAAGUCGCGUUCGGUCACAUGGAUGGAAGUCUGUCGAUUUUUCAGCCAGGUAAUAAAAAUCAGAGACAUGUCCUGAGGCCGGAGUCUCUGGAAGGGACAGAUGAGGAGGACCCGGUCACGGCCCUGGAAUGGGACCCUCUGUCCACUGAUUACCUCCUUGUGGCCCAUGUGCACCACGGGAUCCGGCUGCUCGACUCGGAAUCGCUUUACUGCAUAACAGCCUUCAGCCUGCCCAGUGCGGCGGCCUGUGUGCAGGGCCUGGCCUGGGUCCCCAGUGCGCCGGGGAUGUUCGUGACCGGAGAUUCUCAAGUUGGUGUUUUACGCAUUUGGAAUGUCUCAAGAACAACACCUAUUGAUAAUUUUAAGUUAAAGAAAACAGGAUUUCACUGCUUACAUGUACUUAACUCUCCUCCAAGAAGAAAAUUUUCCAUCCAGCCUCCAGCCCCAAAUCACUACACGUCCUCCACCAGCGAGGCGGUGCCCCCGCCCACUCUGGCCCAGAGCCAGGCCUUUUCCCUUCCUCCAGGCCAUGCCCUGUGCUGUUUCCUGGAUGGUGGUGUUGGACUUUACGACAUGGGAGCCAAGAAGUGGGAUUUUCUUCGGGACAUGGGACACGUGGAAACCAUCUUCGACUGCAAAUUCAAGCCCGACGACCCCAAUCUCUUAGCAACAGCUUCGUUUGACGGCACUAUCAAAGUCUGGGACGUAAACACACUGACCGCCGUGUCCACGUCCCCGGGGAAUGAAGGCGUCAUUUAUUCCCUCUCGUGGGCUCCAGGUGAUUUGAAUUGUAUUGCUGGAGCAACUUCCCAAAACGGUGCUUUCAUUUGGGAUAUUAAAAAGGGCAAAAUAGUACACCGAUUUAAUGAGCAUGGAAAGAAUGGAAUAUUCUGCAUUGCCUGGGGUCACAAAGAUUCCAGGAGAAUAGCGACCUGCAGCGGCGAUGGCUUCUGUAUUAUUCGAACAGUCAGUGGUAAAGUACUACACAGGUACAAACAUCCUGCUGCCGUGUUUGGUUGUGAUUGGAGCCAAAACAACAAAGACAUGAUAGCUACUGGCUGUGAAGACCGAAGUGUCCGUGUCUAUUAUGUAGCCACCAGCUCGGAUCAGCCACUGAAAGUGUUCAGUGGCCACACAGCCAAAGUGUUCCACGUGAGGUGGUCUCCCCUGCGGGAGGGGGUUCUCUGCAGUGGUUCUGAUGAUGGUUCUGUUCGAAUCUGGGAUUAUACUCAAGAUGCCUGCAUAAAUGUUCUCAGCGGACACACCGCCCCUGUGAGGGGGUUGAUGUGGAAUACCGAGAUCCCUUAUCUGCUCGUGUCGGGCAGCUGGGACUACACUGUGAAAGUAUGGGACACACGAGAAGGGACUUGCUUGGAUACUGUGUGUGAUCAUGGUGCAGAUGUAUACGGGUUAACUUGCCAUCCGAGCCGCCCCUUCACUAUGGCCUCGUGCUCCCGUGACUCCACAGUGAGGCUCUGGUCGCUGGCACCUUUGAUCAGUCCGCUGCAGAUCAGCAUUGUGGCAGGCAGACCUUGGAGAGAGAUCAUUGGGAACCCCGAUCACGCCAUACUCCCAGGCGCCCCUCCUGUCCUGUGUGGCAAAGUGUCGAGAGAGAUUAAACAAGAAAUAGAGAAGCUAGCUGGUGACCCUCGAGUGAAGAAGCUCAGAUGGUUUUCAGAGUGUUUGUCACCUCCAGGGGGCAGUGACAACUUGUGGAACUUGGUUGCAGUGAUCCAAGGACAGGAUGAUAGCUUACUUCCUCAGAACUACUGUAAAGGGAUCAUGCAUCUGAAACACCUGAUUAAAUUCAGAACGUCUGAAGCCCAAGAACUGACAACAGUCAAGAUGUCUAAAUUCGGUGGCGGCAUCGGUGUUCCUACCAAAGAGGAAAGACUGAAGGAAGCUGCCGAGAUGCACUUGAGAUUAGGACAGAUCCAGAGAUACUGCGAGCUCAUGGUUGAACUCGGAGAGUGGGACAAAGCCUUGUCGGUGGCCCCGGGGGUCUCUCUGAGGUACUGGAAGAAGUUGAUGCAGAGGAGAGCUGACCAGUUAAUCCAGGAAGAUAAGGAUGAUGUCAUUCCUUACUGCAUAGCCACUGGUGAUGUGAGAAAACUGGUCGACUUUUUUGUGUCUCGGGGUCAGCUCAAGGAAGCUCUGCUCAUCGCCCAGGCUGCUUGUGAGGGGAACAUGCAGACCUGCCAUGUUUCCACGCCCAGAGGACCUUCCUGUUCUGAUGACGUCUACAAGGACGAGUGUAACGAACUCCUGCACACAGUGAGCGGAGAGCUGGCGGAGCGGUACCUCCAGGACGGCCGGGCGAUGCUCGCCGCGUGUUGCCACCUGGCUGCAGACGACAUCGAGCUGGCGAUGGCGUCCCUGAUCCGCGGGAACGAGCUGGAGUUGGCCAUCUGCGUGGGCACUGUCCUGGGGGAGUCGGCGACACCAGCCACCCACUACGCCCUGGAAUUACUGGCGAGAAAAUGCAUGAUGAUUCCAAUAUGGGACUUGGCGGCGGACCUGCUCCUGAUGAUGCGGGACAACGAGCUGCAGCUGGUGAAGCUGUGUGCCUUCCGCCCGGGCUGCCUGGAGGAGAGGGACGAGCUCCGAGAGAAGUGCAAGCUGCCCACCGCGGAGCAAAGCGAGCGGCUGGCCGGGGCGGCGCAGGCCGGCGGCUCCACGCUGGAGGCGGUCAAGUACUACUUGUUAAGUCGAGAGCCGGAGAGAGCCCUUCCCAUUGGCAUCGACUUCGUCAAAGAAUACAUCAGUAGUUCAGAUUGGACUUUGGAUACCAUUUAUCCCAUUCUUGACCUACUGAGUUAUAUAUGUACUGAAAAAUUGCUCCUACAUACAUGUACGAAAGCUCGGAAUGAGUUGCUCAUACUGUGUGGUUACGUUGGCGCCUUGCUCGCCAUCAGAAGACAGUACGAAAGCAUUGUCCCCGCGCUGUACGAGUACACAAGUCAGCUCUUAAAGCGCCGGCAUGUGUCCGUGCCUUUGACGAUCGGACGGCUCUCCGAGGAGCUGGAUGCGUGGAGAGCGUGCACGCAGCCCGCCAGCCAAUCAUCAGAAGACUCUUCAUAUACACCCCCGUCUGAGUCCCAAAGAAUGGUUUAUGCGGCUUUACUGGAGAGACUAAAAGAAGAACCAGUUCGAGGACUUACUGGACCAGAUUAUGUGACUGGAUCCCGGCUUCCCAGUCAUUCCGAUGUUCACGUCUCCUGUCUUACGGGAUUAAAAAUCCAGGGCCCUGUGUAUUUCCUUGAAGAUGGGAAAUCCGUGAUCUCAAUGAACGAUGCUUUGAUGUGGGCAAAGGUGAAUCCUUUCUCACCUUUAGGGACUGGAAUUCGACUCAACCCGUUCUGAUAGAGAGGUUUUCUCCAGGCUGAGUUGUUUCUGAAAGACCUUUUGUUGGUCCCAAAAUUCUAAUAAAUACUGCAGUUAAAGCCAGAUGUGACCUAGUUCACUGCUAAGAUGAACAUCAGUCUUGUCCCGAACGCUCCACUCAGAGAACACCGCUUCCACAGAUCACUGGGAGUGGAGGGCUGAGCUGUCCGUCGGGGUUGUUACCCCACCCGGAAACCUGGAGACGUCACUGCAUUGGACGGUGCAGAAGGAACAUUCUCCACUUGUAAGAAACGAUGACGACGAUAAACCCCCACUUUAGUAUAAAAGAGAAAGGGGGCUCACUCCCAAUGGUGAACGGGGUGUCACGGAGGUCCCGCCGCCCUGCUCAGCACUCUGCCACUCGGGUGCAGGUGCUGUUCCUUCCGAGGUCACUGCAGCCUGGACAGCUCAUUGCCUCCUUCUGUCCAAGAGCCUGUUGUGCACAACAGGCCUUCCCGAGGUUCGCCGCAGCGGUGGCUGCUGUGGACACAGCCCAGCCUCCAGAGGUUCUUGAAAUUAACCAUAGCUGCUGCCUUCACUUAUUAUUUAUUCUCCACGGAAUGAAGCUUACAGACCAUCUCAUCUUUCUACAGCCCUUCAUAGGUCCCAGGGGAGUCUGGGGACUUGCCACAGGCCACGGGGGAUUCGCUUUUUCAGGAGGUCCAGCCUAGAGUCAAGAGGAUGGAGAAACGCAUUUGACUCUAUCCAAACCUAGUCCUUUUCUCUGGAUCUAAAGCCCCUUCCUAAGGAGCCUUGUUCUCGGGUGGAAGGUUCCCGCAGUCUCCUGGAGAUCCGCCCUGGGAGAAGGCAAGGCAGCCAGCAAAAACCCAUAGCUGGAGAAGGUGUACAUUCGGGCUAAAUCCUUGACCUCAGGAAAAAACAGAUUCUAAACACAUUCCUAAGAAGGCAUCUAUUUCAUCAGGACUCUCUUUAAGUCCUUUUACUAAAUAUGAUCUACUCAAAACUGUAAAGUUAAUCAAGGAAGUCUCUGGAGGUGGAAAUUCUAAUAAAACUGUGUAAGCCUUCAAAAAUGCAGAGAAAGUGAUAGAGUUUAGCUGGAAAUUGACAGACAUACCAUGAGAGUCACCAUUAGUCAUAUUCAUCUUGGAAGUCAAAGGAGACUGUUAAUGAACUAGUAUAAGAAUGAGUAAUUCCAGUUGACAGAAAUGUUCAAAAUAUAACAAAAUUACCAAAAAUAUAUGAAAGAUAAUCAGCCUUUCAGGAUUGCUGUCUCAGCGGGAUCGGUGCAACACAAUGAAACUACAAGCAUGCGCUGCUUGGAGUG